GGGGCAGACCGCAGACCGAGUUCUUCUUCCCCGAGUUAAAAACCCUUUCAAUUCAAAUUUUGUGAACAGAAAAAGAUUUACAUAAACUUAAUCGCAAUAAUGGCUACAUCUUCAAACGCUGGAGCUGAUCCAGCUUCAGCAUCUUUCGAAAUUCGAGAUCAUUCAAAAUCGGACAAUCACAAAUCCGAUAUCAUUGAAGAAAAUCAUAACUCCCCAGCUCCUACUUCAACAGACGGGGGAAACGGUGAUUCACAAAAAGAUGAUGCUGCUACUAUGGCUGCCAGUGAAGAAUUAAAGCACACAUCUAUUUCGGACAAGCUUCCGUUGCCUACAGAAACACCUUCGCAGAUGCCACAAACAGAAGCUCAAACAGAAGAUAAGGAUAUGUCCGGUACAGACAAAGACACCACGCCCGAGGCGGAACCGAUUGAUGCGCAAGAUGAGGAAAUGAGAGAUAGAGUUUCUUCGCCCAAAAAGAAGCGUGGCAGAGAUCAAGAUGAUGAUACAAAUCAGGCGGAAGACGAAAGUGGAAGAAAUAAUGGAGUUGCGAGCGAAGGAAGCUUAAAUGGGAGUCGAACGAUGAGAUCAGGUCCAGAGAAGAAGAGACCUAGAGAUACUUCCCAAGAACCAUCCAGAAUAUCAGAUAAAGUUUUAGCAAAGGAGAGGAGCCAGAACGAGGCAUCGAAGAUUGCCGAAACAUCAACAUCAUCCACCGAGAAUCCUAUCAAGUCAACAUUUGGAAGUACAUCUGGUGAUAAAUUUGCAAGCUCAGGAUUUGGUGCUUUAGCAUCUGCCAGCACUUCUCCAUUUGGCACAAUCGGCGCAUCUAAACCUAGCGUUUUUGGUUCGGGGGCAAAAUCACCACUUCCAGGAUUUGGAUCUUUUGCCUCUGCCAAACCACCAAGCUCCACACCUGCAUCCUCAAUCUCAAGCUCCUCGGCAGAAAAAUCUACAUCUGGGUUUGGAAGCGCAUUCGGUAGCGGUGCCACAUCAGGUUUUGGUGGAUUAGCAUCAGGGAGUGUAUUUGGCAGUGGAUUAAAAAAUGGAUUUGCUGGUGGAUCUGGACCAAAGCUUUCGAGCUUUGCAGCUCCGGGAAAAGACAAUGCUGGAUUAGGCAGCAAGCCAGCCAAACCCUUUGGUGCUCCCGCUAGUGAUGCGGAGGACUCUGACGACGAUGACGACGAAGACGAUAGUGACGAUGGUGCUGAGGGCGAUGAAGAAGAAGGGGGGGAGAAAGCAAUUGUUGAGGAAAAGAAAAAGACCAAGAAAGUCCACAUUGACGACGGCGAAGCCGACGAAGCAACUAUAUUACAGAUUCGAGCCAAAUUAUUCGCAAUGGGAUCCAAGGAGCUAGGCUGGAAGGAAAGAGGAGUUGGUACUGUGAAAAUAAAUGCACCUAAAUCAUGCGUCGAUUUCGACGAAAGUGGCCAUGCAAUUCCUGGCAGUUUCGAUUCAUCAAUGCUAGAAGGAAAAAGUGUAAGAUUGGUCAUGCGACAAGAAAACACUCACAGAGUUAUUUUGAAUACAGUAGUACUGAAAGCUAUGGAGUUCAAACCCAAACCAUCAACUACUUCGGCACAGGUUUUAUUCACGGCCUUUGAAGGAGAAACGGAGGCCAAACCUGUUAAUAUGAUUCUCAAGAUGAAUGAAAAUAAUUACAAAUUAUUCACAAACGAAAUCGAAAAUAUUCAACACGAGCUAUAAGCUUGAAACACCGUAUUACAACGGACCAACCGAUACACAACAUACCCAUGAUCGAAUCCCAGAUCUUUUUCUUCAAAAUAAUGGGAAUAAGUAGUUUGUUUGGGGGGGAUCAUUUCCUAUCAUGCAUACCCAAGUUAUGCAUUCCGGCCGAUUCGGUCGAUUUGCUUUGGAGGAGAACAUUUUAGAAUAAAGCCAAUAUGGAUGGAUGGAGGCAUGGGUAUGAUACGAUAAGAAUCAUAAGGUAGUCAUAAUUCUACGCCGUCGUUGUCUUCACACUCAUUUUUGAGAGGUUGAAGUGGAGUAAUAAUAUACCAGGCAUUGCCUAUUUUUCUACCUAAUCGUUUUUUUUUUUUUUUCUCUCUUUUUCUUCCAAGCUUUCGAUUCUGUUUUAUGAGUGAUGGUGAGGUUUUAAGGCCGGUGCCCUUCUUGGGAUGCUUGGAGUUUAUCUGGUCGAUGAGAUUUGCAUAGCGAAUGGGUGUAGCUGAUCUUGAGGAUUCAAGGGGGUUGUGAUUUUGGAGAGGGGGCCGAAAAGGCAGGCAAAAUUGGGGGUGGACGGACUUGCAUUUUGGAGGGGGAGAAGGGAAGAGUGGAAGGAUUGGAGGAUUGGAGGAUUGGACCUUCUUUAUAAUUAGGUUGGGUAGGUAUAUUGAUGAGAAUACAAUGGAUUGUCA